UGUCUGUAAAGGCUGGCUCUGUGUUUUAUCACACUGGUUUUCCGCUACUGUAUACUUUCACUUUGUGUUUCCUGUGGUAUCAUUUUAGAGGACUGACAAAUUUGGUUUUUUGCUUUCACAUUUUAAAUAAUGCAGACGUGGACUGCGCCUGAACAAAAUGCUUGCUUUUUUCCUCAUUGUGACUUUUCAUGAAAUCAUCCUUGGUGCAGAAGAACAUGCAUACCAGCAGUUCAUUGAGUGUGCAUUCAACAGUCAAGGGCAAGUAGACCAUACAUGGAACUAUGGGUAUGAUGGAAAAGACAUCAUGCAUGUGGAUUUGGUGAAGAAAACUGUGAUUGCUACCAGUGAACCUGGUAAAAUGUUAGAAGAAGAAAGAAAACAUAUAGAGUACAUUAAGAGGAAAGAAGAAAAACUAAAGAUGGUGUGCUCCGCUGUGAAAACUGUCUUCCUAAAGUCCAACAAUACUCUAUCAAGGGCAGCAAAACCAGCAGUGCUUUUAUCUGCUGGAGGAGAACAGGAUCAGGAAUAUCUUAAAUGUGUUGUGCAUGGCUUCUAUCCGAAUGUCAUCCGAGUGCGUUGGACCCAAAAAGGAAGGCCGGUCUAUUUUGGUGUAUCAAGUACUGGAAUACUCCCUCACAGAGAUGGCACAUUUCAGAUGACCUCCUAUCUUAGCCUUAAUAACAUGAACGCUGACGGGGUUACCUGUGAGAUUGAACACCUAAGCCUUGAUGGGAUACUGAGGAAAACCUAUGAGGAGAAAUCACAAAUCACAGAACAUGUACUUUGGGCAACGGUUGCCUUUUUCCUCGGAUUUGCAUUGCCGGUGUUCCUAACUGUAAUAUUUAUACUGAUAAGGAAACAAACAACAGAACCACCUGAGGACACAAGUGACGGAUCAAAAGCAUCUUUAUCUUUGAAUUUAAUGAAUAUGUCUCAGGAAACAUAAAAUAUGUGACCCUGGACCACAAAACCAGACAUAAGUCGCACGGGUAUAUUUGUAGCAAUAGCGAAUAAUACUUUGUAUGCUACAAAAUGAUCGAUUUUUCUUUUAUGUCAAAAAUCAUUAGGAUAUAAAGUAAAGAUCAUGUUCCAUGAAGAUAUUUUGUAAAUUUCCUACCAUAAAUAUAUCAAAAAAAAAAUUUUUUGUGAGUGGAUAUGCAUUGCUAAAGACUUCAUUUGGACAACUUUAAAGGCGAUUUUCUGAAUAUUUAGAUUUUUUCACACCCUCAGAUUCCAGAUUUUCAAAUACAAACAAUAUAUCAAUGGAAAGCUUAUUUAUUCAGCUUUCAGAUGAUGUAUAAAUCUUAAUAAAAAAGGACCCUUAUGACUGGUUUUGUGGUCCAGGGUCACAUAUGUAAGGCGACUGUGACUCCAAACCAAUUAUUAUUAUAAUUUUGACCACAGACAAAUACUAUUUUCAUAUGUGUAUAAUUCUAUAGAACUGAAUCACAAGCAUAGUAUACACAUAAUUUCUGUAUCUCUAUAGGCAGAGAGAUUUUAAACACUUGUUGAUCACUGCUUAACAAACUAUAUUAUAGCUAUAACUACUUGUUAAUUUUGCAUAGUCUAACAUACAUACUUCACAAUGUUGUAAUUAUGGAAUUAGCCUCACUUGCAGUCAUAUAUUUACACACAAUAAACAUAUAAUAUAAUAUAUUGUAAAAAUAUAUUAUUCAUUAAAUCUUUUUAGCCUC